GGUGCUAUCUGCAAACUAUUUCAGAGUUGUGAAGAUGGCGGACGAUCUCAGCUGGCAACUGCCAGCGGAUACUUUUCCCGAUGCUGGGGCCGAUUUUAUAUCGGAAAAUGAUUUGGAAAAUGUCUCAUUGAAUGAUUUUGAAGAUAUGGUAAAGUACAUUUUUCCUGAUGGAUCUGUAGACAGUGACCCUUUUGAUACUCAGUUUCCUUUAUCUGGAAGUUUAAAUGAUACAGACUUGCUGGAAUCAUCCACAAAUCCUAUUUUGAUGGACACAAGCAUUAAACAAGAACCUACACUUGAUAACAGCUUCGCAGUUAAGCAAGAACUAUCAUUUGAUGAACAGCUUUCUCUUGUAUCUCAAACAAUUUCUGCUGAUACAAGUUUAUCCCAGCCAUUAAAUGAAACGCCAAAUGUGACUUUAAAUGCAUUACAGACGGGGGUUCUGGCUGGUCAGCCUGUGAACAAACCUCCCAUUGUUAACAUAUCUCAUCCAAGUAGUGUUCAGUUGCAGCAGGCUGCCCUCAAAAUUCGUCAGGCCCAAUUGGUUGCUCAGAAAAAACAACAAAUAAUUCUGCAAAUCCAGCAGAAGCAACAAAAACAACAGCAGGCUCAGUUGUUGCAGCAGCAACUGAAACUAAUUCUACAACAAGCUGCACAAGCAACUGCUGCACAGCAACAACAUGUCCAGGUACAACAACAGGUGAUAGCCCAGCCUCAAGUCCAAAGGGUUACCCAGACAAUAGCACAAACGCCUGUUUCUACUCCACAGUUACCGGUGUCCACCCCUCAGAACACUAAUGUUGGCAUCAACCAGUUCAACCUUCAUCAGCUUCAACAGUUGCUUCUUCAAGCACAGCCGAAGACAACAAGCAAUGCUACUGUCAGUCCAACUAGUGUGUCCCAGCCAAUCACUGUCAGUCCUGUUAGUGUUCCUCAACAGACUGUAUCACCACCCCCAAACUAUGUAACCAUAUCCCAGGCAUCUCCAACGGUGGCAGCCUCAUCCCCUCCUACAACCAUGACACCCCUACAGACUGUGAUGACCAACACCGGUACCAUCCUCGCCACCACCAGCAUUCCCAUACAGAUGGUUCAGGAGAAUGACGGCUUUGACAAACUGCCCAUCAACCGAAUCAACUCGGUGACAAAGGGUCCCAAGAAGGGUGAAAAAAGAACAUCUCAUAAUGCUAUUGAAAAAAGAUACCGACUGAGCAUCAAUGAUAAAAUUAUUGAGCUGAAAGAUCUAGUCGCAGGGACCGAAGCAAAGUUGAACAAAUCUGCAAUUCUGAAGAAAGCUAUUGAUUACAUUAGAUAUCUUCAAAAUACCAUCCAGAGAUUAAAACAGGAGAAUUUGGCUCUGAAAAUGGCAUCCCAGAAAUCAAAUGGUUUCCCUUCAGAUGUAGAAGAGGUACUGGCAUCUACUAUCACAGGUGUGAUUACUCCCCCUGGAUCUGAGACAGGAUCUCCCACACACAGUGUCCAAUACACAAGUGACAGUGAAGUCUCAUCACCUGCUAGUCCAAGUUAUGAAUCUGAAACUGACACGGCCAACAGCUUUGGUAUGAAAACGAUCAACUCAAUGCGUGACCAAACACGCAUGGCAAUGUGCAUCUUCAUGUUUGCUGUGUUGGCAUUCAAUCCCUUUGGUGCUCUGCUGAGUCCUGGAUCACAAGGUUUGGAUAUGAGAGCUGGCAGCUUUCCAGGAAGGACACUUCAAGGGGUAUCAGAAGGUACUGCAACUGGAUUUAUGGACUGGCUGUUCCCUACUGUGAUGAUGUGGAUGUUGAAUGGUAUCAUUGUUGCUGGAGUUCUGGCUAGACUCUUCAUCUAUGGGGAGCCAGUGACCAAGAAAAACAGUGAAGCAGCAGUGUCCUUCUGGAGGCAUCAUAACCAGGCUGAGAAUUAUCUUGCAAGGAAAGAGUAUUCUCGAGCAGUAAACCAGUUUUAUCUGUCGCUGUCCUCCUUGGGGCGGCCCUUGACUACAACAAGACUGGACCUUGCCUCUGGGUUGUUGUGGAAUGUCAUCAGAAUGAUACUCAACAGACUUUAUCUUGGAAAGUGGAUAUCAAACCAGAUCAGUAACUUGAGCAGCAACACUGACGAAGAUGUGAAGACUUCUGCUAGAGAUGCAGCUAUGGUGUACCACAAGCUGAACCAGAUCCACCUUACAGGUCAUGUGCCAGGCAGCAACAUGUGGGGUCUGAACCUUACCCUUUGUGCUGUAAACAUGGCUGAGGCAGCAGGGAGGAACAUAACUGUUGCCCAGAAAGCAGAAAUAUAUGCUACUGCUGCAGUCCGUCUUCAGGCAAACCUGCCAUGGAAUCUUCUUUUCUUGAGGAGAUACUUUUUGAGGCAAGCCAGAAAAGUAUGUAAUGGCAAUGGCGACCAGAUUCCAGCCAAACUGCAGUGGUUGUGUCACCCAGAAGGCCAUGUUUUUUUUGUUCAAGGAUCAUGGCAAAUUGGUGGAAAGAAUAGCAUCUUCACAGUGUCUGGAAAUGAAGCUGAUCCUCUGGAACAUGUAACACAAUCCUUCAGAGAAUUCUUGCUGGAGAAAUCCCUCUACUCCCUCCUUACACCAGAACCACAGAAACAAAGUGGGCCAUCACAGUCUGCCGAGGUUCUUCUGUUUACUCAGCUGCUAUCAGAUUGUGCAACUCUUCAAACAACCAAAGCUGGCUUCUCUGUUUCUGGUGUGGAUGAAGUGGCAAGAUGGUGGUCAUCCAUUGUCAGUGUGGCGAUGUACUGGUUGUCUGGAGAUGAAGAAAAUGCAGAAAGGUGUUACUCUCAGUGUGAUGCUUUCCCAAGGCCACUGCAACAGUCUGAUGAUCCAUUACCAAAAGCAGUAUUAGUAGCCUUUAGAGCAAGGAGAAAUCUGCAAAUGAAUGUUCAUGGGGCAAACCAUUGUGUGCGUCAAUGUGACCGGGCUGGAAGGUUGUUGCGUGAUAGCCUGAAGUUCACAUAUAUGACAGAAAACGACAAAAUUGUUUCUCAUCUACAAUUGUUGGUGUCUGACUGGCUAUUGAUGACGAGGAAGGAGGCCUGGGAAUGUGUCCAGAUGGAAGACAAGUCCAGCACAGCCUCACAGACAGAACUCAUUGCCUACCAACAGGAUCUGGCCAGCUUCAGAAAGGUUGCCAAAAACUACAAGUCUGUCAUGCCAAAGGUGUUUUUACAUGAAGCAACAGGUCGUAUGAUGGCUGGAGCAUGUCCAGCACGCACCCAACAACUCCUGGACAGGUCAAUCCGACGUCGCCGUGUCAGCAAAUCUGACAAAGAGGAGGGAUCCGACAGUGAUGUGCCAGAUCGUCAGCAAGCCACUGCCCUCCUAAUGGCUGGUAGACACCUCCCGGAACCCAUGAUUGCUUCAAAAACAGACAGAGUUCAUCUCAUUUCGGAAGCAAGCAAAAUAUAUGAAGCAAUAGGGGAUAAAAAAUCUGUGCAGAGUUGUAGAAAGGUUAUUAUGCAGUUUGAAGAAAGUAACAUUCCAUCAUCUGUGCCGAUUCAGUGCUAGUGACUGCCAGGAGGCAUGUAUAUUCAUAAAGUGCUGAAAACACUGUAUUCAAAUAAAACUUUGAUAAAUUAUUUUUUGUGUAAAAAUAAUGUGUAAUUGUUGAAGAAAUCAUUAUGUGUGAAGAUUGUACAGUGUAAGAAGAAUAUAAGAAAGAAUACAUGAUAGAGUGAAAGUGAUUGAGUGAAAUAUUGUAUUUUGUACAUCGAUCAUGGAAAUAAAUAUUGUGAAUUUA